AUGAAGGUAUUCAGCGGAGCAAUUUUGGGCUUGACGGCCUUGGCAAAGAUGGUCUUGGCGGACUCCGAGGCGUUCUACUUUUUGAGCAUCAGAUCUGCGUCGAUGUACCACAUGUCGUCGGUGUUCGAGGACAACGGGGCGUUGAAGCUCGGCGGGUCGACGGCCGACGCACUGUCGGCGGUGGUGACGGACGACGGGAAGUUGAAGUUGUCGAACGGGCACUACGCGGUGGUGGACGCCAAGGGCGCGUUCACGGCGGGCAGCGCGGACAAGGCGUCGACGGGCUUCAGCAUCAGCCGCGGCUACGUGACGUACAAGGGCAACUCGGGCUUCUACCCCGUGGGCUCGAGCAGCCCCUACGAGUUGACGCUCGAGCAGCCGGGCGCAACGAGCAUCAGCGUGGCGCUCCGCGCGCAGUCCGUGACGGGCGCGUCCUCGGUGGACGACUUUGAGCCUGCGGAGGGCGCCGCGCGCUCGGCCGCGCCCGCGGCCGGCGCUGGGCCAGCCGCCAACGCGACCGCGCCGGUCGCCAACGGCACCGCGCCCGCCACCAACGGCACCGCGCCAGCCGGGGGCUUUGCCAACGUGACCGUUACCGCCACCGGCUACCACACCGUGAUCCAGACCAUCACCUCGUGCGAGAACAACGGCGGCAAGUGCACCGUGCUCACGACCACCGGCCCUGCCCCAGUGCCAGUCUCGACCGCGCCAGGCUCCUCGGCUCCACACUCGUCGGCCCCAGUCUCGUCGGCCCCAGUCUCGUCGGCCCCACACUCGUCGGCCCCACACUCGUCGGCCCCAUCCACCUCCGCCUCCUCGACCAUUCCUAUCGAGACCCAGACGGGCAACGGCGCCGCCAAGGCUGUCGUCGGGCUAGGCGCGGGUGUCCUUGCCGCUGCUGCUAUGUUGAUCUAA